UCAGUCGUUUGUUAGCUAAUUGAUUUUUUUAUUAAUAUUUUGGUCUUGAAACAAGGUCUUGGUAAAAAAAUAAAAUGUCAAUACUGGAUGUUUUGCCUGUGGUGGAUAAAUGCUGUUGUUUUAGUUUAAGAACAGGAAGUGUACUAAUAGCAAUAUGGAAUAUUUUUGUAGUUGUAUGUCAUGCAUCUGCAUCUGUAGCGUACCAUUCGGCAUGCAAACGCACUAAAAGUGAUAUACCACAUAAUAUAAUGUAUGCAAUUGAGUGGAUAUCCAUUGUACUAGACGUUUUGGUAUUUAUUGCUAGCAUUAUAUUACUAAUUGGAAUUUUCUAUGAAAACCCCAACUUUGUACUAUUUUAUAUAUAUGUAUUGAUUUGUAGGAUUGUCCUGUCGAUUAUAUUAUUGAUUUGUUUUUUAAUAUUUGGAUUGGGCAAAAUCUGCGAAAUACCUUUAUUGAAUUAUAUAUCAAUGGCUUUAGGAAUUAUAGUCUACGUCUACUUUGUAGUAGUGAUUAACAGCUACAAGUCGGAGAUAUCUUGAGUUCAUUGUACCUACGAGUACACAUAUUAUUAUUUAUUUUAAUAUGAAAAAUAUACAAUGUUGCUUUGACUUUUAAUUAUUCUAAAGAAUGAGGAAUACCUACCACUAGCUCCAUUCCACGGCGAUAUUAUUCAUUCGUAUAAAUACAGAACGUCACAAGCUCUAUAUUGGGACCAAUAUUAUACAACUACAGUUGAAAUGUAAUUUAAUUAUAAGUGAGUUAUAAUAUGAUAACAGCUUUUUUAGUUACUUCUGUGUACGUGGACUACAUUUACAAAAUUCACUGCAGUCUCAAAAUUUGAAAAAAUAUAACUAUCCAAUAUUUUCCACUACAUUUAACAUAUUCACAUUGACUUCUCUACGUACUUAACUCUACGUAAGAAAAGAUAAAUAAUAUUAUUUUAAUAGUCUUUUAUUCUAUAUAAAUACAAUUGUAAAGUUAUUUAGUGAUUUAAGUAUGCGACGAUGAAUAUGUUUGUAUUUAUUUCCCCUAGGGUGCUUUAUAUUGCUUAUACUACUAGUACGUAACUUGCUUCACUGCAGUCUGUCGACUUAAAAAAAGGGCAUCUAUUCAUCUAUUCGCUACAUUUAAUCUGUUACA